AUGCCCCCCGCAAGACGUACCCCCACCCCGCCGCAGUCCAUCCGCGGCGGUCCAGUGGGGGGCCAGAGGUCGCCACUAUCACCGUCGGCGAUGCCCGCGGUGUCGUCAGCGCCUGUCGCACUCACGACCAGCACGGUGACGACAGUUUCAUGCGGGUUCCCCGUGAUGUCCACGGGGUUCCCCGCGGGGAGGCGGGGCACGCUGCCCCGUCCUCCCCACCUCCCUCAUAUCACGGAGAUGUCGCCGUGUCUGGUCGGGCGGCGGAUGCGUCAAGAGGAGGAGAGGCCCCUAACACCAUCCAGGGUGGAGGAGCGGCGGCAUCCGAAGGAGGUGGCGCAGGGGAGUACGAAGGGCGAGGGGGACAGUGGAGAGGAGGAUGAGCCGUGGAGAGUGCGCCUGGGGAGAAGGGCGAGGCGGCGGCUGAGCGGUGGCUCCCCCGGCGGCGGGAGUCCGACGGCCGCGGGGCGGGGCCCGGUGCCCGGCCCUCCCUCGUUGCAAGCGCCGGCGAACUUAAAUUCAUUAAUGAGACCGUACACGGUCCAGGUUCAGCGGACUUUGGGCUGCGCUGUUUCAGGGGAUGGAGCGGGGGUCCCACCUCAGGGGACUAGCGUGGAAGGAGCAUCGGGAGUGCGUGCUGGACGACCUGGGGGACCAGGAGGCGUCGGUUAUCCGAGUGCUCCGGUGGGUGUCCCUGGGGUGAUGGGUCGUCGGCGGAGAGGACACGCAGCCGGCGGCGUCGGAGCUGGCAGGGAGACACCGGCGGGUCCGAGGAGCAGCGGAGGCGGGAGGCACCCCCGAGGCCUGCGGCGUGCCGCCGACCCGUCUGCCCAGCCAUACGGUGGCCGAUCUGCCCCUGCGGCAGUCGCAGGACUCCGCAGACGGCGGCGAGUGGCCGCUCGCGAUGUGCUGGUUGGGCGUGCCGAGGCCGUCACCUCGAUUGCGGACCUGGAGGAGUUUGCGGCCCUCGGUCGCGGCUUUCUUCGGGGAGGAGGCAUCGGGGAGGGUUGA